AUUACGCUGAAUUACGAGGACCUCAUCUUGGGCUUCGAAGGCCUCGCCAGCGAACACGCUCUCCUCGUCAGCGCCGCGGACACCUUCUUCAGCACGUUCAUCCAGCCGCUGAUCGUCGGUGGGAUACAAGAUAAACUAAUAAAAGCACUCAACGAAAGGCUGGAACAGAGGUUGAAGGACAAACCUUUCCCUAACUCCAUUUCCCCCGUCGAUUACCUCAUCGCCAAGGUGCGCCGUGACCUGCGAGAAUCCGGGAAGGACCCCAUUUUCGUCGAGAGGAAAGACGUGAACCUCGCUUGGGGCGUCUCGGUGCAGCUCAAAAACAUAAACAUCAAAGGCUUAACAACCUUACAUCGAACACACGAAGUCUCCGCCCAGUUCAUUGACAACGCCCUCUUCGUCACCAUUCAGAUCGGGACGCAGCAGCUGAAGGCCGGCGCUGACUGGUCUAUUUCGGCUUCCCUGAUGCCCGCUGUGGGAGGCCAUCUUGACGUCGAAGUGGAGAGCCUGUCGGUCACUGUGAUGGCCAAGCAGCCGGCUGACAUCAGAAGUCCGCCCGUGCUGAGGGAGAUUGAUGUCCAACUCGGUAAUUUGGCUGUGAGGUCGGUGGGAGAGAGCACAAUGGACUACCUCGUUGAACUGUUGGUCAACCUUCUACCCAAUACAUUCAGGAAUAUUAUCAUGGACAAGAUUGAACCCAAAAUCCACCAGGCAAUCCAGAAGCAGUUUAACGGCUUGGAUAUACACAGGAUCAUCUUAACCAAGUUAGCAGAGAGGAGACAAGCUGAAGCCAAUGCAUCGCUUUAAGAACAUUUCGUGCUAUCCUUUUAAGUGUUCUUGAAGGCACCGUGACGUCAUGCGAGACUGCUGCUCUGAGUCACUUUGUAAAAUUGUUAUGAUUAGGAAUAAUGGAAUAGUUAUAUUUUGUAUCACUUAUAUUUUUUUUUUUUCUUGAUUUGUUGUUUUCUACUUGAUAUUGGUGAGAUUUUAAGAAAAUGCUUUGUCAUUCUUUGAUAUUAUGGUGAUGAUCACGUGGUCAUUCUAUCAAUAAAGAUUUUUUCUCUCUAUUGUUA